AUGAGGUGCCUCUAUCAACAACAGCUAGACUCCGAAAUCUUUAAAUAGGCAAGUUCAAAUAAAAUGGGGUCACAAAAGAUUAAUAUUCAUUAACUCACUUCUCAAAAGAAAGAUGAUGAUUCCUUAGAAAAAUCAAUGGGAAAAAGCUUAGCCAAUAUAAAGGUCAGUAAAAAAACUGUUAAGCUAAAACGAAUGGACGAGAAAAAUACCAAUUCAGCUAUUAAAUAUAUAGCAGCUAGAAGGAAAGCAGGGGAUUAAGAUAUAGUUGAGGAUCCUGAUUCAAGAAAUGAGAUGGUUGAAAGAAAAAUAAAUAAGAGAUCCUUGAGACUUAUUGCUACAAUAAAUGAGAGAAAAAACAAUGGAAGAAAGCUAAACUCCAGGGAAUGGAACAUUACCCUCAGAAAUUAACACAAAAAUUCCAGUGACUCCUUAGAAAUAAAAAUCACUGAAUAUUAUUCCACCUCUAACAAGUUAAUUUCAAUAAAUGUAGACAGAUCAAAUAUUUCCACAAAGUUAAAAGACUCUCAACCAAUUAUUGGAGUUUCUCAGUUAAGUAACAAUAACUAAAAUGUCAACAAUAAUAAUAUACAGUUGAAUAUCCCUAAACCUUAAAAUUUAAACAACUCAUUUCAAAAACUUUAAAACUCAGGUAGGAGUGUUAUCAAGUAAUAAAGAGUGAUCAAAGAGAUGAUUGAUAAAAAAAUACAAUCAGUCUUUGAUGUUCAACUUAAGAAUGGACCGAAAAUAACCUAAGCAGUAGCCAGUGGUUGUAUGACUAAAAGUAAUAAUGUCAGCAACAAAAAUAUACCUUAAUUUGGUUUCUAAAGAGAAAAAAGGAAGUCUAUGUACCCAGAACUUAAUGAUUAGUAGAAAUAAGAUGUAGAGAAUUUAGUGGGAAAAAUAAAAGAAGUUCCAACAACUUAAAAAUCUAUUCUAAAAAAUCCUGUCACCAAAACAAUAGAAGAAUACUUUAAGGAAACUACUUUGCCUCACAAAAUAAGAAGAAUGACAAGUAAAGUUGAUGAAAAAGCACGAAGAAAAUCUAUGGGAAUCUUUUUAAAUAAUGCAAAUAAAAGUUUCAAAGCACCUUUACUUCCUUCAGAUUAAAUUUAAGUUGAAAAAGUUACACCACAUGCUUAAACUCCUAUUGCUAUUUAGAAGUCUUUGAAAUCGCAUAUUUCCAAUUACACAGAGUCUGACUCAGCUGACACAUUUGAUAUUAGAGAAAAUCAAAUGAAUGAAUAAUAGAUUAAUGAAGAGAUUAAUAAGUUUAUGGAGAGUAUGCAAUAAAAUUAAAACUUUCCAUAUACCCCGAUGUCAAAAAAUAAUAAUUAAGAGAUAUUAAUUAGUGGAGGAUCUCCAGAUAUGGGUUAGUCUUCGUCUUUUUUCAAUUAGCACUCUUCAAAUUUCUUAUAAUAUCAAGAUAAAUUGAAAAAUUUAAAGAUGAUGCGUGAAUAUUCUAAAUGGCAAUUAAUACAGAAAACAAAAAAUAAAGAGGAGUACUACUUUACUCGCAAGUAUAUGAAGACGAAAAAACCAAAUAUCUAUUCAUUUAUACAAAUCCCAUUUCUUAAAGAAAGAAGCUAUAAUCAUAAUACUGAUUCUAUGUAGAAUGAAGAAUUUUAAGAUCUCAGUUAUUAAUUAAACAGCUAGAAGAAGAAAUAAGGUCUGCUUUAGCAGUAUGAUUUAAAUCACAAAAAGAAUUACUCAACAGGAGCAUAAUAAUUACCUUCCAAAAAUUCAUUUCAAUAGUAUAAUAAUAUCCUUCGUCCCCCUAGUUCCAAGUUUUCCAAUAGAUAUAAAAAUGACCAGGAUAUUGUUUAAUUAGUUAUUGAAAUGGCUUCUAAAGGAAAGCCAAUAUUAGAUGAAAUUAUCCAAGGCUUGAACAAUAGAGAAUUAAUGAAUAAAAGUACUGCCCACAAUUGA